AUUUCAAUCCAUAACCCACUUUUCUUUUGCAGCUCCUAAAAUAGAAAAGCAGCAAAAAUGACUAUUUCAUUAAAAAUCCUAGUUAUUAUUCUACAAUGCUACUUAAUAGCUAGUCUUUAUCACCCUCUAAACCCUCUAAAUACAGAUGAAAUAAAUCAAAUCAGGCUUAUAGUUCAAAAGUCUAGCCUCGGCAAUCUUUCUAAUCUAACUUUUCAUUAUGUUGAUAUUCAAGAACCAGAUAAAGCUGAUGUUCUCAAAUGGCAAUCUUCACCUAAACAUAAGAAAAAUUUACCUCGUCAAGCUAAAGUUGUUGUUCGAGCUAGUGGUGAGACGCAUGAGCUCAUUGUGGACUUAGCUACAGGUUCAAUCAUAUCAGACCACGUCUAUACGGGUCAUGGCUAUCCUCCUCUCACUUCUACUGAGUUUUUCCGAGCUAGUAAACUGCCCUUGAACUAUCCCAAGUUUAUUGAUUCGAUAACAAAACGGGGGUUAAAUAUAUUGGAAGUUUCUUGCAUACCGUUCACAAUUGGUUGGUAUGGAGAACACGUUACAAAACGUGCACUUCGAGUUCCGUGUUUCUAUAGAGGAGGAUCAAUUAAUGUAUUCGCAAGGCCAAUUGAGGGAAUUAGCAUUCUAGUGGAUCUCGACUCUAUGCAAAUUACUGAAUACACUGACAGAUAUAGAGCCCCUUUGCCUAAACCUGAAGGAACUGAUUUUCGUUCGAGUACAAAAUCUAAACACAUCAAUUAUAAUGUAUCAGAUUAUGGAUUAAGCAUAAAUGGGCACAAGGUUAGAUGGGCUAACUGGGAUUUUCAUUUAGCAUUUGAUGCUAGAGCAGGAAUUGUCAUUUCAACAGCAUCUAUAUUUGAUUCAGAAGUGCAGAAAUUUCGUAGCGUGCUAUACAGGGGUCAUGUAUCAGAAACAUUUGUUCCGUACAUGGAUCCCACAAGUGAAUGGUAUUUUAGGACUUUCAUGGAUGUAGGUGAAUUUGGGUUCGGACGAGCAGCUGUUACCCUCCAGCCGCUGAUCGAUUGUCCGGCCAAUGCUGCAUACUUAGAUGAGUAUAUAGCUAGAUCAGACGGGCAGGCACAGAAGAUGUCUAAUGUGAUAUGCAUUUUCGAGAGAUAUAGUGGCGAUGUAGCCUUUAGACACACCGAAAUCAAUGUUCCAGGAGAAGUGAUAGUGAGUGGGGAGCCAGAAAUUAGUUUGAUGGUUAGGAUGGUGGCUACAUUAGGAAACUACGAUUAUAUUCUUGACUGGGAGUUCAAGAAAACUGGCUCCAUAAAAGUUGGGGUGUCCCUAACUGGUAUAGUGGAAAUGAAAGCCACACCAUAUACAAAUAAUGACCAAAUAACUAAGAAUGUAUAUGGUACCUUAAUAACAGAGAAUGCUGUUGCUGUUAACCAUGAUCACUUCAUCACAUACUACCUUGACCUUGAUAUUGAUGGUAAAGACAAUUCAUUUGUCAAAGCCAAACAACAAACAGAAAGAGUACUUGCAAUAAAUGCUCAAUCGCCACGAAAAAGUUAUUGGACAGUUGUUAGAGAAACAGCUAAAAGAGAACAUGAGGCAAGAAUACUGCUCGGUUUGGAGCCGAAUGAGCUAUUGAUUGUGAAUCCAAAUAAGAAGACUAGACUUGGAAAUCAAGUUGGUUACAGGUUAAUUACAGGUCAACCGGUAAAAUCUCUUCUUUCUUAUGACGAUUAUCCGCAGAUUAGAACUGCUUACUUGAACUAUCAGAUGUGGGUGACUGCUUAUAACAAGUCAGAGAGAUGGGCUGGUGGGUUCUAUGCUGAUAGGAGCCGUGGCGAUGAUGGCCUGGCUUUGUGGAGCUGCAGGAAUAGAGUAAUUGAAAACAAAGAUUUAGUUCUAUGGUACACUGUGGGAUUCCAUCACAAUCCAUGCCAAGAAGAUUUCCCAGUGAUGCCAACGCUUCACGAUGGAUUUGAGCUUCGGCCAACAAAUUUUUUCGAAAGAAACCCAUUACUCAAACAAGAUUAAUCCGAUGAUUACAUUCAGUUUAAUGCUAAAGAUUUCUCCGUAAACAUGUUAAAUUCUUUGGAAAAAAAAACCUUUUACAAUAUGCACAAUUGUUUUAUGUCAAGCCUUAAAAUCUUGGGUAGUAUGAUUUACACCAAAAGUUCAGAAGAUGAAUAUUUAUCUUUA